ACAGACUGGACUUUUAAAAACAAUUCUCUUACUUUUUAAGUGAUUUAAGACUUUUGUCUCUUAUCGUGUUGAAUUUUCUGUCACUUAAGUACGAAGACCAACAAGUAGUGUUUGAGGAGGUCUGAGCUAAUCAGCAAGACACAAGGCGCUACAUACACACACACACAUACAGUUUUUUGUGAGCAUAAGUAAACACUACUGCCCUAUAAAUAUAAAUCGCAGUCAAUGGUGCUUGAAUUCCAUUGCACUCUCUCUCAGCCAGUCACUUUAUCUGGCUCCUUCUCACUCUGUACACACCCCCAGCAGGUGCUUUCACUGAAGGUUGGGUUUGCAGUUGUGCUUUAGGCUGUGACUUUCAGGUUAAUUGUAAUUCCACCACUCAAAAAAAAAAAAAAAAAAAAGGAAAAAAAAGAAAGAAGAAUCCUGGGAGGUUCUGAGGCCUCUGGGCUGGUGACUCUGUGACUGUCAUCAGGGGAAUCAGUGCUCUGUGUCCCAUCUGUGGAGAGCGUUGAUCAGAAAGAGUUGCACUGCGUCCACCAUCACAGCAUCUUCAUCCACGUGAUGUCAAACUCAGAAGGCACAGUCUAUGGGCUGAGGAUUGGGAUGGCAGGUGAUUCCCUCACCGCUGUGGAGCGGAACAGAAGCUCUGGAGAGCAGUGGGACAUGGGGGAAACCAAACCUAACGUGGAAGCUCUGGAGCAAAGCCGAGCCUCUGAAGAGCAGUGGGACAUGAGGGAGACCAAACCAAACGUGGAAGCUCUGGAGCGAGGCAUGCCGGGCUUGUAUCUCUCGUGCUUCGACAUGCUUCUCACAGAAGAUGCCACAUGGCUAGUGAAGGUUUCGGAGGCCUCCCCGAUGGUGGCUGUACCCAUGACCAACAUGGAGUCACAGGAAGAGCCGGAGCAGUGCCCCGUCAUUGACAGCCAGGAGCAGGGACUCUCUCCUGGACUGGAGGGCCAGGAGGAGGAGCGGUCUCUGGAGCAGGUGCAGAGCAUGGUGGUGGGAGAGGUGCUGAAGGACAUUGAAACAGCCUGCAAACUGCUCAACAUCACCCCAGACCCGAUAGAGUGGAACAGUGGGAACGUGCAGAAGUGGCUGCUGUGGACCGAACACCUGUACAGGUUGCCUCAUGCAGGAAAGUCCUUCCAGGAGUUGACAGGAAAGGACCUCUGUGCCAUGAGCGAGGAGGAGUUUCGCCAGCGCUCACCACAGUGCGGAGACACGCUGCACGCACACCUGGACAUAUGGAAGUCAGCUGCAUGGAUGAAAGAGAGGUGUUCAGCUGGAGACACCAAAACUACAGGCUGUGAGAAUCUUUGGUCUGAGGCAGAUUCAUCCAGUUUGGGUCAGCCCAUUCACCUGUGGCAGUUCCUCAGAGAGCUCCUGCUCAAACCACACAGCUACGGACGCUGCAUUCGCUGGCUCAACAAAGAAAAAGGUAUUUUUAAAAUAGAAGACUCGGCUCAUGUUGCAAGACUGUGGGGACUCAGAAAGAACAGGCCAGCUAUGAACUAUGACAAACUGAGCCGAUCCAUACGUCAGUACUACAAGAAGGGCAUCAUCCGCAAACCCGAUGUGUCUCAGAGACUGGUUUAUCAGUUUGUUCACCCCGUAUGAAGCAGUGGAGGAGGAGGAGGAGGAGGAGGAAGAGAAGGAGGAAGGACACUGACAUGUGCACUGACCAACCCCAAUAGUACACACUUCCACUGUCAACACUGCGUCACAGCUGACAGCUGCGACAUGAAGACAUAUCUGUGCAUGGGCCCGAGAAGAA